AGGAAGCUGGAAAGAUGACAAGAUGAAUGGUUUUGGAAGACUUGAACAUUUUUCAGGAGCAGUAUAUGAAGGACAAUUUAAGGAUAAUAUGUUUCAUGGAUUGGGAACUUACACAUUCCCAACUGGGGCAAAGUAUACUGGAAAUUUCAAUGAAAAUAGGGGAAGUCAAACCUCUCCACAGCUUCUUUGUCUAACCUUUAACUUAAUUCAGAACCCAGAUAAGCCUUGAUCUGAGGAGGAUAUAACCACGACGAUGAGCAACAUGGGAACCGCCAGAGAAAUCAGAAAGAAGAUUUCAAAAAACAUGAUGUGAUGUCUCCUGCUGGAGACAGGGCAUGAGGUGCAAGGGAGAGGAGGAGGCCUGAGUUGGGACAAUGAUGAUGUGAUGUUGAAGAAGAAGCUGGAGGAGAGAAGCAACCGGCACCAUGGAAAAAACCAAGACAAAGCAAGGAGAGAAUGAACACAUGCCGGUGAAUAAUCCUUCCACACAGAUUUACCAGUUGCAGGCCCUAGCCUCUGAACUCAAAACUGGGUUCACAGAAGCAAUGCAAGAACUGUCACGAAUUCAACAUGGAGAAUAUGCUUUGGAAGAAAAGGUUAAGAGUUGCAAAUGUUCCAUGGAAGAAAAAGUUACUGAGAUGAAGAACUCAUUAAACUAUUUCAAGGAGGAGCUAAGUAAUGCCAUGUCAAUGAUCCAGGCCAUCACUUCCAAACAAGAGGAGAUGCAGCAGAAAAUUGAACAGCUGCAACAGGAGAAGCGAAGAGAAUCUAGAAAAGUUAAAGCCAAGAAAACUCAAAAAGAAGAACACAGCUCCCAGGCCGGGCCUGCACAGCAAGCUCAAGGAAGCCCCUUCCGUUCAAUCAACAUUCCCGAGCCUGUCCUUCCAAGUGAAGACUUUCCCAAUCUUUUGCCUUCCCAGGCCUAUGAAAAAGCCCAGGAGUCCAGAUCCGUUCAUGUGGGAGACAGUAAUGUGAAGGGAAUGAUGGGUCCUGGAGUAAACCCCACAACCCCCGAAGCAGAAGAAAACCUCAAGACUUGCCUCUCAGCUGACAUCCAGCCCAAGGGCCAUCUCCCAUCUGGCAUGUGGAGGCAGCCCAAGGAGGGGAAGGAAUGGGGCGAGGAAUAUGUCACGAAGGACCACCCAGAUAAACUCAAGGAAGCCAGCCAGGGUAGACACAGCUCCUUGGAAAAUGUCUUGUGUGAAAGCUCUUUAGCUGCUAAAAGACAGACGGUGGCUCUGGAACUGCUUGAAUCAGAAAGAAAAUAUGUCAUUAACAUCUCUCUGAUCCUGAAGAUAAAGGCAACGUUCCAGGGGUCAGAUGGAAAAAGGAAUUCCAAAGAGAGAAGCCUCUUCCCUGGCUCUUUACGGUACCUUGUCCAACAGCACCUGGAUCUGCUUCACGCCCUGCAGGAGCGAGUCCUGAAGUGGCCACGCCAAGGUGUUCUUGGAGAUUUAUUCCUGAAGCUGACAAAUGAUGAGAAUAACUUCCUGGAUUACUAUGUUGCCUACCUGAGGGACCUGCCUGAGUGCAUCUCUCUGGUUCAUGUUGUGGUUUUGAAGGAGGGUGACGAAGAGAUUAAAUCUGACAUCUACACUCUGUUUUUCCACAUCGUCCAGCGCAUCCCCGAGUAUCUGAUACAUCUGCAGAAUGUCCUGAAGUUCACAGAGCAGGAACACCCUGACUAUUACCUGCUACUGGUGUGUGUUCAGCGCCUCCGAGUGUUUAUCUCACACUAUACCCUGCUGUUUCAGUGCAAUGAGGACUUGCUUAUUCAGAAACGGAAAAAGCUCAAGAAGUCUUCGAUGGCAAAGCUGUACAAAGGGCUGGCUUCCCAAUGUGCAAAUACCGGGCAAGAUGCCUCCCCCACAGCAGGCCCUGAGGCUGUCCGUGACAGUGGGAUCCACUCAGACGAGAUGCUGCAGCCCUACCCUUCCGGUCCCAGUCCUGGUCCUGCUGUCACGUAAGCACUUGUUACUGUGGAAGGGUUACUGGCAAUGCUGGUGGGUCCAGGCCAGCCUCAAUUAGGAGUGUGAUCCACAGGACUACUCCUCCCCGCUUGCCCUAUCCAGCCCAUGUGUGCUGGCCGAGCAUCUGGCCGGAUGCUUGGAUCCCAGAGGAAGGAUUAAAGUUAAGGGGGCAGGUCCAGAGAGUGGGAAGAAAGGCAGAAAGUAGAUAUUUACUUUGUGGAUCACUUCAACUCUUGAGGCAGUAACUCAACGGUAUCUUCUGUGAAGUACAACAAAUAUAGCCAAAAAAUAAAACCCUAGAGAUUACACCCAGAAUGAACAAUAUGGCUGCCAUUGCACUCUGUGAAGGGACAAUAGAACCCCACGAACUUCCAAGUUAAAACAGAAUUCGAGUCACAUCAGUAUUUCAUCUCACUGUUUCUUUUCACACCUGUAAAAGUGAAUCCUCAUUUUCAUCUUAAGACCACCAGGGUCAAAUACUGUGUUAGCAUUUACAUUUGCAUUCUUUAUGCAUUUCUGCGGUAGAAUUAGAAUGUUAAUACAUAAACUAGCCGAAUAACCACUUCUGGUCAGUGCCCACUUACACCUGUCUGGCAAGUGAAAGUCCAGCACAACUGGAAAGCCACGCCCCGCCUGAUGGUAUUGAUCCCAGUUUGUAAACUAUGUAAAUGAUCCGUUGCCCAUGAUUCCAAAAUCCGAACACCCCCAUGAAAUUGGGCACAUUCAGAGCGACAGACAGCUUUUACAUCUUGG